CUUUCAGGUAUCUCUAUACUUACUAGAGUUUUCUAAUUCUCCUCUUAUUUUUGAACUAUGUUACUCUGUAUUUUCUUGGUUUUAUAUCAAAUAAAUUUUAUGGGGUUUGUGAAAGCAUAUUCUUUUUCUCAGGUUUAGCUUAAAUGUAUGUCAAUAAUUUGAUGGGUUUAUUUAUGAAAAUGGGUUGAUGGAUUAAUAUAUGGAGAUGAUUUGAUGGGUUUAUCUCGUUAUAUUGAAUUCUGAAUUAGGUUUCUCUAUGUAAAGUUGUCAAUUACCAUUUGUUUUAUUGGGGUUGAUUUGUUAUUAUAUUUUUAUUGGAUUGGUUUUCAUUAAUUAAAUGCUCGUAUGCUUAGAUAUUGUUAGAUUGGUUGCUGAAUUGCCACUAGAUCAUUGUUGGAGUUGAUCAAACAGGUCUGUCUUACUUAGUUUUGGCAAUUAUGAUCUCUUUCUUGGUUUCCAACUGUCAAGUAUGUCACUCUCUCAUUGCUCUACAUGCAUCUUUCUGUUGUCAUCUUAAUUUACUCUUCUUUUUUCCUACUAGACAUAUGAUGUACCAGAUAAUCCUAACAUUAUAUUUUACUCUUUCUUCCUCUUUCUUACUGAACCUGGACAAAAAUUAUAAGGGAGUGUUUGGUAUAGGGAUUUUAUAGGGAUGGAAAUGGAAUCAUAUUAGCGUUUCCGUUACAUUGUGUUUGGUUACGGACUAAAGUAACACAAACCGUUAGUUAGGGGUAACCCAAUCCACCCAAUUGUUUCCCCUGUAAUAGGUGAGGAAAAAAAUCCCCUUUCCUUCCUCUAACACAAAAAAUAAAGAAAAUUCUUCUCUCUCCUCUUCACUUGCUUGAUAAUUCUCUGAAAAUUCCCAAAAAAUUUCGACGAUUCUACAAGGAAGCUGCAAUUCUCCAAAUCUUACUCCUAAAUUUUCGAUUUCUUCUGCAAAUCUUCAGAAAUUAUCACAGGUUUGCUAUCUUCAUUUCUCUCAUUCAAUUUCUAGGGUUCAUGUAGUAUCAAUUUUUGCGUUUUUGGUAUGAAUUUAUUACUUGCGUGUUCAAUUGCAACUUCAGAAAGUUGUUUUCGUUCAAUUUCUAGGGUUCAUGUAGUAUCAUUUUUUGCGCUUUUUGGUAUGAAUUUAUAACUUGCGUGUUCAAUUGCAAUAUUCAGAAAGUUGUUUUUGUUUGAUUUUUGAUUGUAUUAUUAUAAUUACUUCAAGUUUCAGCUAUGAAUGUUAUUGUUUUAAGCUUCAAUUCAUUUGAAAUUAUUUAACAAACAUUGGAGUUUUGUAUAAUUUCUUCAUUUGGUAAUUAUAUCUAUGUUAUGAAUGUAAUAGAUUAUUGGUGGUGCUGAACAUGUCUUAUUUUGCUCCAUAUGUAUGCAUUACGAUGAGAAAGUUGCUGCUACUAUUUUGAGUAUAUAGACCAUGGUUUUCUGGUGCUAUACAUGUCUUAUUUUGCUCCAUAUGUGUAUGCAUUACAGUGAGAAAGUUACUGCUACUAUUUUGAGUAUAUAGACCAUGGUUUUUUGCUUAAUUUUGCUUGUUUCUUGACUAGUUUACUCCUCAUGAUUUGAUUGAUAAUAUUUGUUAUUUGAUUAACUAGAGAUUGAUAUAACUAUUGUUUUGCCGUUUAUCAGGUUCAAUUGCCAUUUAUUUUCUGUGUUUCUUGUACAAUGCCUCGACUUAUGCAUUCUAUAAGGAAGAAAAAGCUAAAACAAAUACAAAUAGUAAUUGCAAUGGUUAUUAUUAUGUUGAUGUAUUUGGAUGUGGUAUAUAAUUAGCGUUGUUACAAUAAGGGGGGUUCAAAUAAAAGAUAGGAAAAGAAACAAAAAAUUGUUACGGAUGUUAGUAUUGAGAGGGCUUUAUAGGGAGAGUAAUGUGAAAUGCAAGAGUGAGCUUCGCGUUAAUAGAAAAACUUUCAAUAUUAUUCGUGAGAUGCUUAGAGAAAUUGGGGGUUUGAGUGGAACAAAAAACAUGUCGCUUCAAGAGAUAGUAGUCAUGUUUUUAUACACGUUGGCUCAUCAUAAGAAGAAUAGGUCUAUUGGACAUUACUUCUAUAGAAGUGGAGAAACCGUGAGCCGACAAUUUCACCUUUGUCUAAGGGCUUUUCUCAAGUUGCAUGAAGUACUACUUUACAAUCCCACACCAAUAUUGGAUGAUUGUGAAGAUGAAAGGUGGAAAUCCUUCAAGAAUUGUUUAGGGGCAUUAGAUGGGACUUACAUUAAUGUAAAUGUGCCUUCACAAGAACGACCAAAGUAUAGAACAAGAAAAGGAACGAUUGCUAUGAAUGUAUUGGGUGUUUGUGCACUUAAUAUGCAAUUUAUUUAUGUUCUUCGUGGUUGGGAAGGCUCGGCCCAUGAUAUGCGUGUACUUCGAAAUGCUCUUUCUAGACCAAACGGUUUUAGAGUACCUCGAGGUAAUUAUUAUUUGGCUGAUGCGGGGUAUACGAAUUGUGAGGGUUUUCUUGCUCCAUAUAGAGGUCAAAGAUACCAUUUAAAAGAAUGGACGGAUCGACAACCCGAAAGUGCCGAGGAAUUCUAUAACAUGAAACAUGCUAGAGCGCGAAAUGUGAUUGAAAGAUGUUUUGGCCUACUUAAAGGAAGAUGGAGUAUACUUAGAAGUCCUUCGUUUUUCCCUAUUCGAACUCAUGGACGCAUCGUGAUGGCUUGUUGCUUAUUACAUAAUCUAAUUAGAAAAUUCAUGCCUACGGAUGAUAUAAAAGAAGAUGAAUUGAGUGAAUCCGAUAAUGAUUCCGAGAGUGAUUCUGAUGAUGAGAGGGAAUUUCUUACAAGUGUUGCUACUUCAAAUCAUUGGACCAAUAUUAGAAACACAUUAGCCCAAGAUAUGUUUAACGAUUGGAGGGCGAGAGGUAGACAUGGUCAAUAACAUAAAAAGUAUGUUAUGCUUCAUUGAUUUGUCCUGUUCAAUUCUAAUAUGCCUUAUAUUUUGUUCUGAAGGAGUAAAGAGAGUUGUGUGUUUAUGAUGGUUACUAAGGACUGUUAUCAUUUACCAGACAUUUCUUAUUAGUGAGUGUGUUUUUCUGUAUUGUUGUAAUCCCAUCAUUCUCAAUUCAAGAUUAGUUAAUCCUAUUAUGUUGUUUUGAUUGUAAA